CUACUUAACAACCUUCCAUCGUUCAUCCUUCGACGAUCACAUCUUCUUCUCCCUGUCUAUCCUUCAUCAGAUUCUUCUACACCUACCGCCAACAUGCUUAUUUUCAGGGACGCCCUCACUGACAGCAAGGAUGAGCUCCUCUCCGACUCCUUCAAGCUGAAGGAGGUUGAUGGAGUCGCCUACGAAGCUGACUGUGCCAUGAUUGAAAUCGGCGCCGUCGAAGUCGACACUGGCGCCAACGCCUCUGCCGAGGAGGGUGAUGAGGGUGUUGAUGACUCUGCCCAGAAGGUCAACAACAUCAUCCACUCCUUCCGUCUCCAGCCUACCAGCUUCGACAAGUCCUCGUAUCUUUCGUACCUAAAGGGUUACAUGAAGAAGCUUGCCAAGCACAUCAAGGACAAGGGUGCUUCCGACGAGGAGGUCAAGGAUUUCCAGACUAAGGCUCAGGCCUUUGCAAAGAAGAUUGUCAGCAACUUCAAGGACUACGAGUUCUACACUGGUGAGAGCAUGGAUGUUGACGGAAUGGUUGUCCUGCUCAACUACCGUGAGGAUGGUGUUACACCCUAUGUCACCGUCUGGAAGCACGGUCUGGAAGAGAUGAAGGUUUAAGAGCCUACCGAAUGAUUGUGGCUGAACCUAUUAACGAAUACCAUACACGAAUCAACCCAGACGACCUGACGCUUCUUUUCUAUGUCUAUAAAACCCCCGAUUUAGGCAUAUCAUAUAGAUUCGUUCUUUUACGAAUGCUAGCCGGUGCAUUGCGCAGCCGAAGCCUAAUUUAUUGACGAAUUGUCAACGUUCUACCCGUGACCGCACGGCUCCCGGAGCUAUACUAUUUCGUGACCUUGAUGUCUGAUUCAAUCUUCAUCUUACUGUACCCCGAGCGCUAGUCAAUGAUGCAAACUUCCUUAGUAGUAGACGUGGACACCAGGUUGCUUACUUCCGUAUUAGUUAAAAUUUCGGUCUCGAAGCCAUCGGUACAGGGGGUGGAACACUUUCGCUACCGGCCCCGGAUAGUUGAGGUUUCUUAGCCGGCGGUGGGGGAGGAGGCUUCUUCUUUCCUAAGACCCCUGAAAUCUGCCCCAUUGAUGAUGUCGUUGUUCCUUGCCCAUUAGCCUCUACAGCACCAUAUCGUUGAUUUAGCUCAUUUGCUGUUUUUAACCCCGAUGCGACUUGAUCCCCAUGCCUCUGAUGGAAGUUGUACGCUGUUCCAGCCGCGGCUUUGGCAUC